AUGAGCAUGGCGCCGAAUCUGAUUACCCUUACGGGUUUCAGUUUCGUCGUUGUUAAUAUCCUCACUUUGUUGUGGUAUAAUCCCACGCUUGAUGUGGAUUGUCCGCCCUGGGUGUAUGCCAGUUGGGCUGUAGGGUUGUUCUUGUAUCAGACCUUCGACGCGGUCGAUGGGAGUCAGGCGAGACGAACGCAUCAGAGUGGUCCUCUGGGAGAGCUCUUCGAUCAUGGUGUUGAUGCCCUCAAUACUUCCCUCGAAUCUCUCCUUACAUUCUACGUACAGACCUGGGACGAAUAUCACACAAAGACUUUGACCUUGGGCUUGAUUUCUGGACCUGUGGAAGGAAUUCUUAUCCUCGUCACAGUUUACGCGUUUACUGCAAUUAAAGGCGGCGCGAGUUUUUGGGCUCAAUCAAUGUUCAGAACUGUCGGCAUACCCCAUUACGCGUUCAUUCCAGAGUAUAUCUAUGAGUUACCAUUCAAUGAGUGGUAUAUGGUUCAAGGUGGAAUUGUGCUGGUUCUCAACACUGUUCAAAGCUCCAUAAAUGUGAUCCGAGCUCGCAGAGCUCGUGGAGACAGAUCUCGAGGCGCGCUCUUGGGACUUCUUCCCUUCUUCUUCACUUGGACCCUCAUCCCGGCCUACCUUUACCUUAAUCCAGAGAUUUUAUAUAAUCAUCUCGUUCCUUUUGUUUUCUUUGCCGGGCUCGUCAAUGCUUACUCGGUGGGCCAGGUGAUCACUGCACAUCUGGUCAAAUUGCCAUUCCCUUACACGAAUGUAUUGAACUUACCUCUUGCCUAUGGUGUCUUUGACUCUGCAGGGCCAUUCUUGAAAGAAAAUUUUGGAUUCGGAUGGCCUAGCGCCUUAGGUGGUGGCGUAUAUCAGGUUGCAUAUCUCUUCUGUAUGCUAGGUGUUGCUGUUGGCGUUUAUGGAAGCUUCGUGGUGGAUGUAAUUGUUACUAUUUGCGACUAUUUAGACAUCUGGUGCUUAACUAUCAAACACCCAUGGAACGAGAAAGAAGAAGCGAAGAAAGCGAAUUAA